UUCACUCUCCAUUUCUUGGGAGCCGCCCAACCCAACCCAACCGGCCAAUCCUUUUCCUCUUUCGUAUCUACAACCAUAUGAAGUAUCAUUUUUCUCUGCCCGCCCCCGCCCAUCAUGGAUAGCUGGAGUGUGCAAGACACUGUGAAGAUCGCUGAGGAUCAUGGACAACCCAGAGAAGCCACCUCCUCCGAUUGCAAACCACAAGGAGGCGUAUUGGAUUCUAUACUCCCUCACCUCCUCAAUCUAUAUGCAUCCCGAGCAACACCUAAAGAUUUUGAAAUCUACGCCUCAAAUGCAACCUUUGAAGACCCACUGAUGCGAGCACAUGGGGUACCACAAAUUAAAUCGGCAUUCUAUUCCCUUGCCAAGGUAGUACUUAUCUUCAGUGAAUCAAGAAUCGUGGAAUAUAGUGUGGAAGAGAAUGUAAUAUCGCCUGGAAGGGUGGAGAUACUGAUAGAUAACAAGCAGCAUUACAAGUUCCUGGGAAGAGGCAUCGACAUGAUAUCACUCAUCAAGUUGUACACGGAUCAGGAUGGCAGAGUGGUUCGCCACGAGGAUUGGUGGGAUAAGAAGCCGAUAUGGAACAGAGAAACGGCUAAGGUGGCGGUGGUGGGCCGUAUUGCCGAGGCCACGCGGAGAGCCUCUAUGCUGGCCACCCAUGCUCUCAUGCGCUUUGGGAGAGACCCAUCACCAUCACCAUCACCAUCACCACGACCAUGACAUCAGUUGAGGUGUGACCCAAAUACUCCAUCAUCAUCAUCAUCGUAUAACAAUAAUAUAUGCCAACAAAAUGCUAUCUUGUAUGAUUUGGGUUUGGGGAUUGUCUUUGUAUAACGAAUGAAUGAAUGAAUGAUAUUUAUUUUCA